AUGGACGAGAUGGAAAAGAUUUUAAGACAAGGUGAGGCUCAAGGUCGACCAAGAGGUCCAGCGGAUCUUGGUUUCUUUCAGUUUGAAUCAGGAAAACAAAACGCAGACAACGUGUUUGUUCUUCUCAUCCACUACCGCAAUUUCGAAAAAACGAACAAAUUUCGAAACUGUGACGCACCAGACGUGGAGAAACUGAAAACGACCUUUGGAAAGAACCGGAACUGUAAUUUCCGCAACCUUUAUAGACCAGAAAAGGAAAUUUUGCUCGAUCUUCUCGGCAGCCAGGAAAAGCUCUUGCGUUAUUUCUCCUCAAAAGACAUUCCGUCGGUUUUCGUGCUCUUUUUCCUCUCUCACGGCAACGAAAAUGGAGUCAUCUACACUGAUCACUGGAGCGAGACACUGAAAGAUUUUAUUUCCUUCACGACAGAAGACGUUUUCAACUCUCUGAAAAAACUGGAUGGAUUUGAGAAAUGUUUGAAGCUUGUCAACUUUGGCCCGUGUAGGGGAAAUCUAGAUGACGCAAAGUUCGACCGAAAAGAGGAUUACAAGAGCUACAACAACCAAAAUUCUUGCCGAAUCACUUAUUCGGCUCCUGAUUUACCUAACACAGUCAUCGUUUAUUCAACAGUCGAAACAACCAUGGCUAACACAAGUGAACGCGGUUCCUGGUUUGUGACAUUCCUGUGCGAUGUUUUGAGCCAGAUCAACGAGGAUAAGCCUUUGUUGUUAUUCCUCACGUCAGUCCAGCACAAAGUGCACAAAGCGUCCAUCGCUGGACCUGACUUCGCAACAAACCUUCAUCUUGGUCAGACGCCAGAGGUCAAAAUGUUCCCCUUAGACACAAGUUUUUUCUUCUCAAGGGCAUUGAAUGCUGCAAAAUCUGUUUCAAGAAAUGAUUCACUCAUGGAAAAAGCAGCAACAAUCACGUCAACGUCUGAAUCUUUUCCUUGGAAGUCACGCGAGGGAAAAAAUAUCAGAGGUCGCCGCGCCUUCAUCUUUUACGAACGGCAAACGUUAGAAGUUCAAGAUAUGGAAAAAGCUCUGCGGCAGAACUUGGAUUUUGAUACCAGACUUUGGAAAUUGAAUGACGAUUCUUUGAAACUGUAUAUCACACAAGUUAGCAAGAUGGAGCAUGAUGUUGGCUGCGUUGUGACUUGCAUUUUCGGCCAAGUGAGCGUAAACAAAGAGACAAAAGAAGUUUGCGUGCUUGUGAACGGAAGAGAAAUUCCAAUUACCGACAUUUUGCAUGGAUUUAUCGGCCCGAAAAAUGACAGAUUGAUCGGAAAGCCCAAGAUAUUUUUCAUCAUUGACCAAAAGGCGAUGGAAAGCGACAACCUCAAAUCAUCAAAGAGCAAAUUUGAGGUGUCGUCAACGAACCACAGCGGCUGGCUUGUCAUGAUUUUGAAGGACAAAGACUUGCUGGACCAAUUGAUCGGAAUCUUCAAAGGAGAUGAGCUGAAAAAAGGGAGAAGUUUGCAAGAGCUUUUAGUUCCCCUGCUUACAACUGGUACUAAAAAAGAAUUAACUCUGCUAAACACAACGCUUCAGUACUUACUUGAUUUUCCCGACUGGCCGAGGACAUUCGUGAAACCAGAUUUCAAGCUGGGAGGCAACAGGAAAAAGAUUUGCUUCGAGGAUCUGAUCGGAGAGGCGAAAAUGUUGCGAGAAAACCAGGUUUGGCUUUUGAGUUCGGUUGCCGGUGCUGGAAAAACGACCGUUCUCAAAGAAAUCGCUUUUCAACUCGGUAAAUCGGAUCAAGACGCGAGAGUUUUGAAUAUCUCAUUAAAUAAACACUUUAAAACAUUAACAAAACCUCGAGUGGAUGCAGUCGAAUUUCUGGCAAAAACCACGGGGAAUUCCUCUGAAGACAUAAACAAUUGGAUUGCUCAGAAAAAGGUAGUAGUCUUCCUGGACGGUUUCGACGAAAUUUGUCCGCACAGCAGGGACAAAGCUCUCGGAAUAUUGAGGGCUUUGCAAGAAAAAAGAGUUCCACUCUGCGUGGCAACGAGACCGCACGAAGCGAAAGUGAUCGAGGAAACGAUUAAAAACGCAACACUUGUUGAAAUAGAGCCAUUCGACGAAGCAAAGCAAAUCGAGUUUCUGCAGUUAGAGACCGAUAACAACGAGGAAGAAAUCAAAAGAGUUCUUCACGCCGUCAAACAAAUAGGCCUUUCAAGUCGUAGAGAUGAGGACACGAUUCUGGUCAACCCCCUGCACCUGUCGUUAGUGGCUCAGUGCAGCGGCGAAGGAAAUUUAUUCCAAAUUUACGACAAGGUGGUGAGGAAGAAGGUACAAAAGGGUUUGGAGAGGAAAUAUGGCUGCAAACAAGUGGAAGACGAUAGUAUUGACAAAGAACUGAUCCCUCUUCUGUUGAUCGCGUUUCGCUAUAUGAAUAACGAGCCGCUUGUCGGGGAUGGAGUGACGAGAGAAGAUUUGGCGAAGAUGAACGACUAUGGAGUCGCAACCGUGGAGGAAGAAACGGUCACUUUCCUCCACCAGACAUUUGCAGAAUUCCUCGCCGCCCAACAGUUUUUGAAAAACGUGGAAGAGUCAAGUAUUUUUGAUUUUGAAUUUAUUGGCCAAUGGAAUAUGGAAGAGGUCAGCAAGUUUGUCGAUCUUUUCUACUCGACUUUGAAAAACGGAGAAGAGAUCGAGAUUUACACGCAAAUAAAAGUGCCCGAGAAAAAUUCAUAUAAAUCUGCUCUGUUUCUGAAUCAUGUUUGCAAGAAAAACCUCAAGCAUAUUUUUAAAGUGAUGAAACCACACAUUAUUUUUUGUGACGAGCAAAUGGAAAGUUCCUCAUGCGGGGAUGAUAGAGAACUUGGUUGUAUAAAACACUCUUCUUCCAUUUGCGUGAACUACCCCAUAGUAUUGCUGGUCAAAGCGAUAAGAAGCGAAGAAAUCGCCAUCGAGCUGUUGAAAAUGAACGCCAUCGAUUCACGAACCUUGGAAAAAUGCAUGGAUGUAGUCCUCACAGAAAUCGCCUGUUACAACGCGAUCUCCGUGUUCAACCAGCUAAAAGAGACUUUCCUCAACUUCGUCGAGCUGCUCAGAAAAUCAAGUUCCAACGCCGACGCCGGUUACACAGCUGUUUAUAAUGAUAACGAUGAGAUUCUCGAAUUGUUCCUGGAAAACGGAUUCGGCAAAGAUACUUUAGAACGUUUUAUGCAUGGACGCGCCCUUUGCCGUGCUUGCAGAGACGGGAAACUCAAGUACGUUAAAAUUCUCCUCAAACACGGCGCCAAACAAGCCAUUUUUUUAAAUGAAAUUUGUGACCCUUUGAACGUAGCUGUGAUGCACGGCCACCUGGACAUUGUCAAGCUUUUCGUGGAGGAAGAAAUCAGCGGUUUUCCCCGAGAUAAAGUGACGUUUGAGGCAGAUAUUUUUCAGACAGACGAGGAGAAUGCGGUCAUGGAAUACAAUUUAGAGUUCAGUGACGAGGACAGUGACGAAGAAAGUGACGAGGAAAGUGACAAAUUCAACGGUUUCCACUAUGCCGUCUAUUACAAUAAAAAGAAAAUUGCUGAGUACCUGCUCUCAAAGAGUCCAGAUUUGAAACACAUCAAGACAGGAAAGGGGAAGAGUCCUUUGCAGCUCGCUGUGGACCGCCGAUUCGGAGAGUUCCUGGUCUGGCUGGCGAAAGAAAUCGGCGACGACCUGAGUUCUUUCAUUCCAAGAGGCGAGACAAAAAGUUGGACCGAACACGAUCACUUCAUUUACGAUCACUUCCUGCUGCUGCGAGGCGACCUGACGAAAACGGACGAGCGAGGUAAAACCCUUCUCCACUGCGCCGCCCAGCACGGAAAUUUGCAGCUCGUCCGCGAGUUCAUCGCGAAAGGCGCCGACGUGGCUGCCAAAGACGCCAGAGGAUGGAACGCUCUGCACUUCGCCUGCAGCUUCCUCAAAUUCAUUAACAGGCACGACAAUUCCGAAGUGGUCAAACUCCUGCACUUAACUAACCCUCGACUGGUGAAGGAAACGACAAAUAAAGGAGAAACUGCACUGCAUAUUUUGGUGAACAACAACUUCGAACGCUAUUCUUACUACGAUUUUAGAUGGUCAGGCACAAAACCUUUCCGUUUCCUUGUGUAUGAAGCAGGGGUGGACUUGGAAGCCAGGGACAGCAAAGGCCGCACGGCAGAGGACGUUGCCAAUGAUUUAGAGUGUGGACUGAGCAAGGACAACUGGAUGGCGGGGCAGGUGGGCGUGGUGUCAUCCGAGGCCACGCCCCCUUUCCCUCGCCAAUGCCUGCACCCGCGAAUCGACAGAAACCGCAGCCACUAA